CGGCGGUCGGGCCUGCAGCCACCACCCUCAGGGACAGGCCUGCUGGCGGGGCGCGAGCUUCAGGCGGGAAGUAACAGGCCCUUCUGGGCUGGGGAAUGGGGGCGCGGGGAAGGCCUCCCCCGAGGCUGGGCACUGCUGGGCGGGGGCGCCUGGCCAGGGAACCAAGUGGCCUCUCUUGCAGGAGGACGCCAGCGCCCCGGCCCCGGGCGGGGUCAGCCGAAGGCGCGGAGGCCCAAGGUGGCCUACGAGGCCUCGGCUGCCGGGGACGGGGCCGGCACCGGGCCCCCGGGGCCGCCGGGCUGGGAGCCCCGGGACUGGCAGCAGCACCUGGCGCACAUCCGGGCCAUGCGCAGCGGGAAGGACGCCCCCGUGGACCAGCUGGGCGCAGAGUGCUGCCACGACCCCGACGCGCCCCCAGAGGUGCGAAGGUACCAGGUGUUGCUGUCUCUCAUGCUCUCCAGCCAGACCAAAGACCAGGUGACCGCGGGCGCCAUGCAGCGGCUGCGAGCCCGGGGCCUGACCGUGGACAGCAUCCUGCGGAUGGAUGACAGCACCCUAGGGGCACUCAUCUACCCCGUGGGCUUCUGGAGGAGCAAGGUCAAGUACAUCAAGCAGACCACGGCCAUCCUGCAGCAGCGCUACGGAGGGGACAUCCCCGCUUCUGUGAGCGAGCUGGUGGCUCUGCCCGGGGUGGGCCCCAAGAUGGCUCACCUGGCCAUGGCCGUGGCCUGGGGUACCGUGUCAGGCAUCGCGGUGGACACACACGUGCACAGGAUCUCCAACCGGCUCGGGUGGACCAGGAUGGCCACGAGGUCCCCAGAGCAGACCCGCAGGGCCCUGGAGGAGUGGCUGCCCAGGGAGCUGUGGCACGAGAUCAACGGCCUGCUGGUGGGCUUUGGCCAGCAGACCUGCCUGCCCGUGCGCCCGCGCUGCCAGGCCUGCCUCAACCGGACCCUGUGCCCGGCUGCCCGGGGUGCUGAGCGGGGCGCCUGUCUGCAAUAAAGCUUGGGGCCGUCUG